UUGUCGCUUCGUAAACUCAAGUAUGGUCAACUGUGUCACAAUGGCAAGGAUACGUGUACUUUCGGAGCAGUGUGUAUUGACUCUGUCUGUAAAUGCGGACCUGGCUACGCUCUGAGCACGAAUGGAUGGUGUGAGCCGUUCGAUUUUAAGCCAAGUGCGAAAAAUGGAAAUUCAUACGCUCAGUUCACAAGGCCAGCCAUUAGUACCAUGGUGUCAACAAGGCCACCAACGCCAUUCACAAAUGGUUACGCCGUACAAGGAAGCCAGUACGCAACAACGAGUCCUUACGGUCAUGUUGACCGUCCUGCACUUCUCACAUCACCACCAACUCAACAGCCACAAUUUUCCACUUCACCUGCACCUAAAGUGGUUCGACAUCGGUUUUUGGGCACAAAAUGUCGUGAAAAUGACGUGUGUAUCAAUGGAGGCGAAUGUUUGGGUGGCAUCUGCCAGUGUCCAGAAAAUCUGUUCGAGCGCGGUGGACGAUGUCUUCGAGCGAGCCAGAUUCCUCAUGCUGCUCCCAGUGAGCCCUGUGAAAAUGGAGAAAUGUGCACGGGCGGCUCCAUAUGCGACAAUGAUUCCAAAACCUGCAUCUGCGCUGCAAAUCACGUGAUUGUUGGUGGUGUAUGCAGGAGUGAAGAUGCAAGCCCAUUUUCUCUACCAGGCGAGUCAUGCACAGGUGGUGAAGAAUGUUCUGGAAAUUCUGCAUGUGUCAGUGGUACAUGUCAAUGCGCAGCUGAUCACUAUGUUGAAGAUGGUUACUGUAGGCAUAUUGCUUCGCAGUCUUCGCCAGUCAAAUUUGUGGCCGGAAGCGGUCUUCGCUUCAGUUCCAAGUCGUCAACGCCGAGAGCUCCGGCCGCGCCAUGCGAUGAAACCAUCUGUCGUCUUCCGGAUUGUUUCUGCUCAACAAGUGCGCCGAACAGCGUUCCACAAUUUGUGGUUCUAACGUUCGAUGACGCCGUCAACGGCCGGACGUUCCCCGACUAUCUGGAGCUUUUUGAAACAGUGAAAUACAGGAAUCCAAACGGUUGUCCGGUGAAGGGAACGUUUUUCGUGUCGCAUGAAUGGACCAAUUAUGACGCUGUACAGUGGCUAUUCCAACAAGGCAUGGAGUUGGCAUCGAACUCAAUCUCACACGUCUCACUCGAGGGGACCGACGCGAACAGAUGGCUGAACGAAAUGGACGGUCAACGCCGAAUUAUGGCGAAAUUCGCUAACGCAAACGAAGAGGAAAUUGUUGGAAUGCGAGCACCACAGCUGGUUCUUGGUGGAGAUGAACAGUUCGACAUGAUGGCACGUGCUGGUUUCGUCUACGACAACUCUAUGUCUGUCAAUCCAGGUGUCAAUGGUGAACCAUACUGGCCCCAGACACUGGAUCACACGGUCCCCUGGGCCUGCUAUGAUGCACAGUGCCCCACCUCAUCGUUCCCCGGUUUAUGGGUUAUCCCGCUGAAUCAGUUCUAUGGCUCCUACAUACCACAAAUUGACAGCUUCCGUCGAUCGAGUAUGAUCCGAGCUGCCGUGGACCUCAACACAACAGUAGACCAAUUGACCAACAUGCUGUUUUCAAACUUCGAUCGUAGUUAUCUUGGAAAUCGUGCACCGUACGUGCUCUCUUUGAAUGCGGACCUUCUUCAGCUGAACGGAAGAAACACUGGCAUGCAAGCACUCCAGCGGUUCUCAGAAGCUGUCAAGUGUGCUCAGUCGUUCAACCAGUACCCUGCCAUAGCUCGAAAGUCGUGCUCAAAACCGAACAAAUGCAUGUAUCGUACACCUGGUCUAGGAAGCCAGGAGCAUCAGUUCCUUACUUGUUCCCCAUGCCCAGACCAAUAUCCGUGGCUUGACAACCCAAUAGGCAAUGCGUCUUUC